GCUGCUACUGACGUCAUUUUAAAGGCUACGGAAUAUACGUGUGACGUCACGUGCGCCCGUUGAGAUACUGACCUGACACGCAGGUGUAUUAUUAGAUGAGGCCUACUUCCCCAAAAUAUAAUUAUAAAACAAAAAAUCCCCAAAACACUGAAUAUUGAGAGGAUGCCCUAUUCUACCAUUUGGUUAUUUAUUUUGGAACUGUUUGUACUGGAUGUGUAUGUUUGCGGAGAUGGGUCCGUCGCGGUAACGCCUGUACUGACGGGCGUUGUGGGAAAGACGUCAUCGAUCGCGACCCUGGACUGCCAGUAUUCGCCGCUCAUGCAGUCAAAAGUUCCGCCCAGAGGGUCAAGCGUUCCGCCCAGAGGGUCAAAACGCCCCAUCAGCAUAGCGUGGCUGAGAAAGAGAAGCAGGGAUCUGAAUUUCGAGCCUCUUUGUCAGUUUUCUCUCGGCUCAGCGCGAGCGGAGUGCGAGAAGGACAGCGAACAGCUGUCGAACAGAACCCGUAUGUAUUUCAACGACGACCCUCCGACGUUCAAUCUGACGUUGCUGAGUGUUCGCUGCACGGACGAGGGGGAAUACAAAUGUACCGUGCAUGUCUCCACGGACCCGAACGAUUCCAGACCGUCCAGUAAUGUGAACUUUACUGUAGAAGCUGCCCCACGCAAGCCAGUUCUGUCCACGACGCCGAACAAGGACGUCUUCCGCCAGGACGACGAAGUGACAUUCAACUGCAGCGGCAACGUCGGCCGCCCGGCCGGCUGGUUCUGGUGGUUCUCCGUCGUCGACGGCGUGGAGAGCAACGUCACGGCCACGGCGACGCUGGGCGAGCCGGCCACGGUGGACGAUCCAGCCAUCAACUGCACGUUCGAGCGCAGCAGCACGCUGAGGCUUACGAUGACGUCGUCGCUGCGAGGGGCCGUGAUCCGCUGCAAGACGUUCCACCCGACACGCGUCUCCGAGGCCGAGCUCCGAGGUUGUUCUAGCACUGUGUGCGUGGAGUCGGCGCCGCUGAACGUUACCGCGAAUGACGACACUGAAGUUACAGAAGGCCACCAACGAAACGAAUCAUCGGUCAAUGUAUCACAUCACCAAAAUAACACCGAUCUUAAAGAUCAUCUUUCUUCCUACGAAAACACGAGCAGCUUGUCUUCACGCCAAGUAACGAUUAGUCAGUCCUCCAGCAAAAUUAUGUCACCAGAUCGAAGAACGAGCACUAUGUCUUCAAAUCAAGCAACGACAACUCUUCCUUCAAACAAAAGAACAACUGUGGUGCCAUCAUUAAACCAAGAAAUAAACAUCGCCGAACAACACGAUACUUCAGCGAAUAACAACACUGAAGUAACAGAGGACCAUCCACAAAACGAAUCAUCCCGCAAUGUAUCACAUCACCAAAGUAGAACCGAUCUUAAAGAUCAUCUUUCUUCCUACGAAAACACGAGCAGCUUGUCUUCACGCCAAGUAACGAUUAGUCAGUUCUCCAGCAAGACCCUAUCACCACAUCUAAGAACGAGCACUCUGUCUUCAAAUCAAGCAACGACAACUCUUCCUUCAAACAAAAGUACAGCUGUAGUGUUUUCAUUAAACCAAGAAGUAAACAUCGCCGAACAACGCGAAACUUCAGAAGACAAGACGGUGACGUACUGGGUUCUAGCUGCGAUGGCGGGUUUCUGCAUCGUGUGUCUGAUUGGAGCAACGUUUGGAUAUCGGGUCAUGAAGCGAUCAAAACACAAAGACGAAGAUGCUUCAGAUAUGCCAUACAAGAUAAUGAAAAACGAGGUAUACAAGAUGACAGAAAACCGUAAAGCGGCGGAAAUCAUGUGGAAAACGUACAAUCAGCGGUCUGUGGGCAAUGCGGCUAACGCAGUGAGGAAAAUUACAGACUGAGCAGAAGAUGUGUGUGUGUGGGGGGGGGGGGGGGGGGGGGGGGGCAGCGGCCACAGUCUUACCACCAGUCUAACCACUGGACCACUACUGAGUUUCAUUUUCACCUGACGAUGACAUGCCAAAGUGCAAAAGGACCGAAUAAGUGGAUUUUAUAUACUGAACUUUUUAUUAUUAUUAUUAUUAUUAUUAUUAAAUUAUUAUUAUUAGUAGUAGUAGUAGUAGUAGUAUUGUUGUUGUUAUUAUGAUUACAUACGUAUAUAUGUAUUGAUGUAUUGCUAUCUAUAUAUUGUAUGCAUGUCGAGAUUGACUAUUACAUACAUGGCACUGGCGCAGAAGAUAAUUAAAUUCUUUCUGGCCUCACAAAUUGCCUCAUGCCGUAGCUUGGAUUCGAUCCUGUGGCACCGAAUCGCCCGCAACUUGCAGACUUGCCACGAUACAUUCUGAACUAUCAUGACAUCAAUGUACGUACGUACGUUCGUAUGUGUGUAUGUUUGUAUGUAUGUAUGUAUGUAUGAAUCUAUGUAUGUAUUUAUGUAUGUAUGUAUGUAUUGAUGUAUGUAUGUUGUAUGUAUUGAUGUAUGAAU